GUAGAACCCUUUCUGUUGCCAAGGUGGUUUCCAUGGGAGACAUGUUUAUUGCUACCAGCCUUGGCGUGAGUUCUGCAGGUCGUUUGUGGAUGGUUACAGGUGCGUCCAAUAUCCUUGGAUCGAAUUUUACAUCUUUGGCCCGUGUGAAGGUUCUCGCUGGUUUCCAAAUGAGCAACCCAGACUCCAGUGAGAAUGAGCCUGUCAUGCUGGAAGAUGCUAACAUUCCAGGGGGAGAGAAAGUGCUUGAAAAGUUACAGGGAUGUGUAUUACUUGCACAAGAGGAGAAGGCAUUGGCGGCAGCCACAGAGGCUGUGAAGACAGCAAUGCGUAAUUUAUUAAUUAAAAAGCACUAUUCAGUGGAUAAACGAAAAUUGAGGAAGAAGAGAAUAAAUGAUAGAAAGCUCAAACAAUAGGUAAUAGGCUGAACAUAAUGCUAAGUUACGUUUAGGGGAUAAGCAGCUGGAUUAGAAAAUGGUCAUCUCUUAUUUGGAUAUGUUCCCUGCUUCAGUGGUACCAUGUUUAGGGUUCACAGUAUGAGCUUCCUGCCAGAGAGGAUAGGUUUGGAAAACCCAAUUUUGAUGUACACUCUGUUCUAGACUUUAAUCCAUUCAGUUCAUUGUUGCA